AUGUAUGUGGUGCCACCACCAAAGGGAUCAUCGGAUACUGGAUCCAAUGGAGUCGGGUCGGGUGAUUUACGGGUUUAUCAAACUUGGAAAGGCAGUAACUAUUCAGCUUCCAAGGUGCUUGUGGUGAGACUUCAGUUGAUCCUAAGACUUGGAGAUGCUGGCAUUGGCCAUAAUUGCAUUCUUAUUCUACGAAUGCAAAAUUUUCAAUUUGCUCCUGUAGCAGUGUUCUGUAUCUUUGUUGCCAGCAAGCUGAUGGAUGAUUUUUCUGAUAAUUGGGGAAUAUCAAUAAUGGCUGUUGCUGUUGUGUUCACUAUUUAUGAUUUAGUUCUUCUCCUGCUAACCUCUGGAAGGGAUCCUGGCAUAAUUCCACGCAAUGCACAUCCACCAGAACCAGAAGGCUUUGAUGGGAGUGCAGAUGUUGGGUCUGGUCAAACUCCACAAUUACGUCUACCACGCAUUAAGGAGGUGGAAUUCAACGGAAUGACUGUGAAGGUUAAGUAUUGUGAUACUUGCAUGCUUUACAGACCACCUCGCUGCUCGCAUUGUUCAAUAUGCAAUAACUGUGUUGAAAGAUUUGACCAUCACUGCCCGUGGGUUGGGCAGUGUAUUGGCUUGAGAAAUUAUCGAUUCUUCUUCAUGUUUGUCUUCUCAACGACCCUUCUUUGUAUAUAUGUUUUUGCAUUCUGCUGGGUCUACAUUAGGAAGAUCAUGGGAUCAGAGGACACAUCAAUUUGGAAAGCAAUGAUCAAAACCCCUGCCUCCAUUGUUUUAAUAGUUUACACCUUCAUAUCAAUGUGGUUUGUCGGUGGCCUCACUGCCUUCCAUUUGUAUCUCAUCAGCACAAAUCAGACUACUUAUGAGAAUUUCAGAUAUCGCUAUGAUAGGCGGGCUAAUCCCUUCUAUAAAGGAGUGGUGGAGAACUUCAAGGAGAUCUUUUGCUCCAGUGUUCCCCCUUCAAAGAACCAUUUUAGGGCAAAGGUGCCCAUGGAACCGGCAUUAUCGACUCGAACACUUGGUGGGGGCUUCAUGAGUCCAAAUAUGGGUAAAUCUGUGGGUGACAUAGAAAUGGGUAGGAAAACAGUAUGGGGAGACAUGAAUGCUAUGGCUGGUGGCGAAGGACAACUUGCCAACAAUGAACGGUUGAACAUAAAAGAUGGUGAACUAGGUGAAUUGUCCCCAGAUAUCAGGACCACAGUAGAUGAAGUUGGGGACCGUGGUGGAUUACAUCCUAGGCGAUCAAGUUGGGGACGAAAAAGUGGAAGCUGGGAGAUGUCACCUGAAGUUCUUGCUUUGGCAGCUAGAGUGGGGGAAUCUAACCGUGUGGGUGGUGGGAGCAGCAGUGGCAGCUUGGCAACUGAGAACCGACAAUCAUAG